AUGAAACUAGAGCUAAAUGAGGAAGAAAUAUCGCGUGAGAGAAGGAAACACGUUGUUCAGGCUGUUACCAGCACUUCUCAAGAACGAUGGUAUUUAAGAUAUUUUUCCAAGUAUUUUCUGAUCGUUAGAAUGAUAUCUUGGAUGAUUAGGUUUGUUAUCAAUUGUAAAGCACUGAAAACUAAAUUGAAAGGGGAACUGACAGUUAAUGAAAUCGAUGUGGCGGAAAAGAAAUUGUGGAAAAUCGUCCAAGAGGAAACAUUUGUUAAGAAUGUUAAACUUAAAAACCUCUGCACUUUUGUUGAUCAAGACGGCUUGAUAAGGCUAAAAACCAAGGUAAUAAGAAGGGAGGAUGAUGAAUAUUUUCGAUGCCCUAUCUUGUUGCCCUCUGACCACAAGUUAGUUGAAUAUUUAAUUAUUGAUUAUCACCAACGGUUUUCUCAUGUUGGUGUACAAUUUGUGCUCUGUAAUAUUCGACAGAAAUUUUGGAUUUUGCGAGGUAAGAAAACAGUGCAUCGGGUGUUAAACAAGUGCAUUCGAUGUAAACGGUACAAAAUACAACAUCCGGAAACUGUACCAUCUCCCCUUCCAGAGGAUCGAAUAAGAGAAGCCUUGGUCUUUGAAGUAACUGGUAUCGAUGUAGCGGGCCCCCUUUACUCAAAGAAAGGGAAAAAAGUAUGGAUUUUGCUAUUUACCUGCGCUGUUUAUCGUGCGGUCCAUCUUGAGCUUAUCGAUAGUAUGUCAACAGACGUAUUCCUGCUCGGUCUCCAAAGAUUCAUUGCUAGAAGGGUACGGCCGAAAGUUAUAUAUACAGACAACGGGACUAAUUUUGUUGGUGCGGAUAAUCUCUUGAAAUCCGUAGAUUGGAGACAGAUUGAAUGCGAUUCUUCAGUUUCGAGAAUUCAGUGGAAAUUCAAUCCCCCAACUGCAUGUUGGUAG